AUGAUAAAGCAUGAGGCGGACAAGGCGGCUAAAGGAAAGAAUGUGUCAACGAACACCCAGAGGCAGCGGAUGAGCUCUCAUAACGACACAGCCCUGUUGGAGGUUAUACUGGCCGGCAGAGACUGCUUGGUGGCCGGGGACUCGUGCUCGAGCGACGAGAUGUGCAGUCCACGUCUGCGGACCUUGCGUCAGUGUGUGGCGGGCAACGGCAACAUGAAGCUGGGCCCUGGUGCCAAGAGCCAGUGUGCCAACGCCGUGUCCGCCCUGAUGUCCAGCCCCUUACAUGGCUGCCAGUGCAAGCGAGGCAUGAAGAAAGAGAAGAACUGCCUGAGCAUCUACUGGAGCCUUCAUCAGGCAAUCAUACACGGACUGAACCUGGUGGAGCGUUAUCCCUACGAGACGGUGCAGAGGGAUUACGACUACGUCCGCUUGGCCUCUAUUUCAGCCGACUCGGAUGUUGGCAUGACAACUGUGAAUCGCUGCCUUGAUGCAGCCAAGGCCUGCAACGUGGACGACUUGUGCCAGAAGCUCCGCACCGAAUACGUCUCGGCUUGUAUCAAACCCACGGCCAAGUCGGGCCUGUGCAACCGGCCCAAAUGCAACAAGGCUCUGCGGAGGUUCUUUGACCGCGUCCCUGCUGAUUACACACACGAGCUGCUCUUCUGCCCCUGCACGGACACAGCCUGCGCAGAGCGUCGGAGGCAGACCAUCGUGCCCAGCUGCUCUUUCGAAAGCCCGGAGAAACCCAACUGCCUCACACAGAUGAGGAUCUGCAAAGCUGACUACGUCUGCAGGUCCCGUCUGGCACAGUUUCUGUACGACUGCGAAUCCUCUGAAACGUCGGCCAACGGCUGCAACCAGGGAACCUAUGGGGCAUGUCUCCUCGCCUACACAGGGCUCAUAGGAAGCACGAUAACUCCCAACUAUGUUGACAACUCCACGUCCAGCGUGGCUCCGUGGUGCUCCUGCUCAGCCAGCGGGAGCCAGAGAGACGAGUGCGAUGGUUUCCUGGGAUCCUUCACCGACAACAUCUGUCUCCGGAACGCUCUCAUGACGUUCGGAAGCGAGUCAGAGCUGCAGCCGACUCUGAGCCAGCCCAGCGCCCCCGGCCCCGGCCCCAGCAGCACAGAGAACAGGAGCACCACUUCUCCGCCACAGACCCUGGAGACCGUGAGGAACCUUCUGGACACAAUCAUCCCCACACAGGCCCUGGGGAAUGAACUGCUGGUGGACCAGGCCACCCUUUCACCCAACAGCCUCCCCAACUCUGCUUCACCUCCCCGCCUAAUGCUCCAAGCUGCCUUCAUCCCUCUGUUGCUCCUUCAUCUGCUAAGCAAUGGACUCUAA